AUGCACCUGCUCCUGCUCCUGCCGGCCUGCUUCCUGCCCCCAAGGACACAGGCAGAGGAGACCAUCAGGGGAUGUGAGUCCAGACCCCACUCCCGCCCCUAUAUGGCCCAUCUGAAGUUCUCAGACAAGGAUUUUCAGUACAUCUGCAGUGGAUUCUUGAUCCAAGAGGACUUCGUGUUGACGGCUGCUCACUGUAAUGAACACUCCGUCACUGUGAUCUUGGGAUGCCACAACACUAGCAAAUAUGAAAAGACCCAGCAGAUCAUCCCAGUGAGCAGAGCCAUCCCCCACCCAGACUAUGAUUCUAAGAGCUAUGCCAACGACAUCAUGCUGCUGAAGGGAGACUCCGGGGGUCCCCUGGUGUGCAAAAAUGUGGCCCAGGGGAUCAUCUCCUAUGGGAAAAAAAGUGGAAAACCUCCAAUGAUCUACACCAACAUCUCCAGCUUCCUGCCCUGGAUAAAGAAGACCAUGAAGAGAGGUGGGGAUUAAGACCCAGCUGUGGAGCAAACACCUUGCACCGGAAAGACCCCGGGUUCACAGUCAGUGUUCCCAGAAAAAAAUGGCAGCAUGGUGUUCUGUUCAUCUCUCUCACACAAUGCAAUGUAAAAAUAAUAAAAAGGAAAGAAAAUCACAAAGCCUCUAAUUGCAAAAAUGAAACUAGCUUCCUGAGCUUUUCUAGAAUCCCAGAGGUGCCUGCAAUUGAAUAAAUGUCUGUUCUCUGAGUGAACAUUGCUUGUGGUUCUUCACUCUCAUUCACAGGUGCCAAUUCUGUUUUCAGAAGACCAUCGUUUUUCUGAUUCUCCACUCUGCCCU